GAAUCCAAGACCUCACACGACAUCUAUCCUCGGCGCAACCUUACCUUACCGAACCAACAUGCCCUCAUCAGACCCGCUCGCGCCCCUCCAGCGCCUGGACGGCCUCGCGCAGGUCGUAUACGCCGGGUUCGAGCGCUUCGUGGUCAUCUCGCGCGCCGACGCGCUCGCAUGGUCUGUGUACGUUGCGCUUAAAGGGGGCUCUUCGUCGGCGAGCGCGGGAGGAGGGGCGGGGGCAGGGAGGUGGUGGCGGGGUGCGUGGAGCGCGAGGGAAGUCAGGGGAGCUGUGGGAAAAGACGCGGGGGCGCACGAGAUCGAGGCGCUGGGGUCGCGCCUUGAGACGGCGUUUGUCGUUGGAGAUAUUGAGAUUGAGGGGUGGACGGGUGUAGGUGGGGAGAAGCUUACGUUUGUUCUCGCGGAGACCACACGCGUGUCGCUCACGGAGAUGCAACCGGGUGAUGCAGCCGCCCUUGCCACCGAGCUGCUUUCACAGCUCGCGCUCAGCGCCCGCAAUAGAGGCUGCAGACUCGACCCAUCUGAGGCGUCGUACGCACCUCGCUCGAGCUCGACGGCAGCUCCAGCUGUAGGCGAGAGACUACGCGCUGCCGAUUCUGGCGUUUCAACUUCGGCUUCCGGGACGAAGGACGGGUCCCCCGUGCGCAAUGUCGAAGCCGCGAUCAAGACCUCGGACAAGACCUCGCCAAAAAGCAGGAAGACGCAUAAAGACCAUGACAGCGUAAAGCACGAGGAGAGCGAUGGCGGCUCAAAGGCGAAGACAAAGAUGAAAACGAAAGAAAAAAACAAGUCGAAAUCCUCCAAAUCCAAGCCCAACGACACCUCUGGCACCGGUACGGAUGGUGCAACAGACUCGGAGGCGCAGCGCAAGAUCAAGGAGCUCGAGGCUGAGCUGGCGAGGGCGCGGAAGAAGGCGAGGACGCCGCCUCCGGGUGGUUCAGAGCAGGCGGUGUUGAGCGCUAAGCCGACCGGAGCCUCGGCACGACCUCCGAAAGGCGCGUCGCUUGCCAAUCCGAACAAGAAGGCGCGCAAGUAUCAGGCGCUGGAGUUCGAGAGCGAUGACGAGUAAACUUCAGGCUCCGGUGUCGAGAUCAGACGGCGACUCGCUUGCCUUAAUGCUUGGCAUCGGGGCAUCGGACAAGAAGGGCAUCGCGGGGCAUGACGAUGACGCAUGACGGCGACCUCGAGACUUCCCAGCAAUUUUGGCGUGCCACGGCGAUCAGCGUCCUGACUCCUCCGAUCCAUGUUCUGUCUUCCCCGCAACGUGCAUGCCGUUACGCGUUACGGGCUGUGAUUGGUAUUGCAUCUGCCUCGGGCCUCGAUAUAUUUAUGAAUGAACGCGGGUCCCUGGUGGUAUGAACGAUCAACGAGGAGCAGAACAAGAGCAAGAACGAUAUUGGGUUGUAGGGAGUGGGAAUGAAUGAGGGCUCGGACGGAGCUUGAUCGGGAUCGUCCGAGUCUCCGUCUUGCGUUGCGGGAGCGGAAGAAAGAACGAGGAAGGUUUGAGCUGAUACCAUGGUAUAGGCAGCGGGUAGUGAAGCGCCGGUUUGCCAGGGCAGGCCAAGGUGUACCAAUCUCUCGUCUGGACAGGCGAAACGUUUGUCGGAUGUCCCCCUUUGCGAUAUGCAUCGUAGGGUAUCACGACGAUUGCAGCUGCAGUGACGAUACUGACAGCGUCGACACACAUGCAAUACGAACACGAAUUGAUGGACAUUGCGCCAACUUGAUUCACGUUGUGCGAUAGGGGCUGGAAGCAUCCGAGAUCAGAGCGAGGGUGACAACGGGGUGUAUUGAUGAACGGGUGAGGUGAUGGGUUGUGGGGCACUGACGGUACAAGGUGCUGCGGAGAUACAGUAUGUGCAAG